AUGGUCUGCAUGGCCAUAUCCCUGGAGAAGCGCCUUCAGACGGUCACAAACUACUUCCUGUUGUCGCUGGCCGUCACGGACCUCCUUGUGUGUCUGCUAGUCAUGCCGCUCAGCAUCAUCGAUGAAUUAUUUGGUUAUUGGCGGUUCACUACGGUCAUGUGCAACGUAUUCGUCACCGUUGACGUCAUGAUGUGCACGUCAUCAAUCCUCCACUUGUGCGGUAUCUCCGUACAGAGGUACAUCGCCAUCCAGUUCCCGCUGCGCGCCAGAAACAAAUCGAAGUCUAUCGUGAUCGCAAAAAUAGGUUGCAUCUGGCUGUUGGCCAUCUUAAUAUCGAGCCCCGUCACUGUUCUUGGUGCGCUAGACGAGUUAAAUAUAUUGAACGAGCAUCACUGCACUCUCAAACAUAAUGGCUUCAUAAUUUACGGAUCGAUAUUGGCGUUCUUCAUCCCACUUGUUAUAAUGAUCAUCACGUAUGCCCUGACUGUACGCCUUCUUUACAAGCAGUCCAAACGCUGCGAUUACCGCAGAAGCUCGGAGUCCGCGGGAGGCGCUCCCAUCAUCCGGCGCUGUAGGACGAGCUCGGUGCGGCGAAGCGAGCAGCCUAGAACACGCGAAGAACACAAUCCGGACCAGUACGAACUUAUCGAGCGAGAAAAGUUGAAUAACAAUUCCAAUCUGCAGAACGGCUACACCCGUGUACCGAGCAUACUGUCACAUUCAGUGUCGUGUGAAACAAUCUCCGGCAGAAGUGCCGAACACAGUGCAUACGAACGGCAAAAUAUCAAGGUGCAUAACUCUUGUUUUCUUGCUGUGCCGGGAGGGUUUGGCAUAGAGUCCUCGCUGGAUUCGUUCAGCGGAAGUGAUCUAUCUGACGACGACGAUCACGGACCACGACGUGGAUCGUUCACACUGGGCGGCGACAGUUCACGCAGACAUUCCUUUAGAGACAUCAUCAACAAGCAGUUCCUCAUUAAGGCCUCCAGCAUACUCAACCUUGCACGUGACCGCAACAAAGACCGCACCGCGGUAAGAACGGAGCAGAAGGCCAGCAAGGUGCUCGGCCUCGUUUUUGCGCUCUUCCUACUCUGCUGGCUGCCAUUUUUCAUCGUCAACGUGAUUCCCGCCAUGUGCGCGCGCUGCAACGUGCCUGCGACUCUCGUGUCCACGUGCUCGUGGCUAGGCUGGGCGAGUUCUACUAUCAACCCUAUCAUCUACACAAUGUUCAACAAAACCUUCAAGAGGUGCUUCGCAAAGUUUCUGACCUGUGACUAUGGGCGGCAAGACCGCCCCGUAUUAGUGACCCCCAGCUAUAGCCGCAAGAUGAACAUUUCAAUACGGGAUGUCUACAGUGACUGAGUGGCCACAGCUAUAGCCGCAAGAUGAACAUUUGAAUACGAGAGGUCUACAGUGACUGAGUGACUUCCAGCUAUAGCCGCAAGAUGAACAUUUGAAUACGAGAGGUCUACAGUGACUGAGUGACUUCCAGCUAUAGCCGCAAGAUGAACAUUUCAAUAAAAGAGGUCUACAGUGACUUAGGGGCCGAAGACACAAGUGUUUAAAUACCUUGCAUGUGCUCAUUUUGCAGUUAUCGAACUGAGCACAUAAAAAAGCUUUCCGUGCAAAAUGUCUAUUUUAUGCUAAAAUUUUAUAGUGUAAAAUACAAUUACCUUUCGAUCAUUUUAUUAUGGGUUAUAUAUAAACUGUUCACAAAAUAUGUAUCACUUUAAACAACGGUACUAAACUUUUAAAAAGAAUUCACGCAA